AUGGUUCAUGAUCAACGAAUCGCACCUGGAGAAAAGCUUGCUGUCUUGAAGAGCCGACUACGGGGAGAUCAAUUCGAAAUCGUGCAGGGCCUUGGCGGAGGAGAAUCUGCUUAUAAGGCCGCUUUAUUCCGACUGCAGCAGUCGGCUGGACGUCGCGACGUAAUGCCUAUAGCACUACUCGGUGAACUCGAUCGUAUGGAGCUGGGCAGAGAAAAUUCAUCAUUCCGUCGCUUUGCCGAAAGAGCUCGAACAAUCUUCUUUGAUUUAACCCGAAUUGGGGAGAAAUUUAAUGCCGACCUCAUUGAACGACUGAGCCGUAAAUUGCAUCCGGCGGAUCGACUCGAAUGGAAUUCCGGACGACGUACUGGAUUGGAACGGCGCCCUCUGAAGGAAUUUGGAGAGUGGAUGUGCGAGAGAGCUGCAGCAUAUCAAAAUGCUUAUAGUCUGGCAGCGGAGCAAAUUUUGCCGUCUGGUGAGAACAAGUUUCCUCGUCGCCAACAAUUUCCAACAACAGGGCGCACUAAUCACGUUAGCCUGGAGCCUGGCACUACAGAAAAACCGAAGAGUCGCUGCUUUUGCUGUGAGGGGGAGCACCGGUUGAUGGCUUGCCCAACAUUCAAAGAAAUGCCUACGAAAGAGAAGGUACGAUUUUGCGUCAAGCGCCGCUUAUGCAUGAAAUGUUUCGGGACGAGACACUCCGCAGCCGAUUGCAAAUUCGGAAAAGGUUGUGGAUUCAGCGGAUGCCCUUUUAUUCAUCACCCAUUGCUUCAUGAUGCCGAAGAGAAGCACGACAAAGGUAGCAGCCAUCACACAUCACUCUCAGCCCAGGUGGAUCGCGUCAAGGUGGCGCUAGGCGUUAUCCGGAUGGAAGUUUACACAGCCGAAGGCCAGCUCAUCCCAGUUUCGGUGCUGAUAGACGAGGGCAGCGACACGACGUUGUUUCGAGAGGACUUUCUUCAACGGCUUAAGAUCAUCGGGAAAGGUACCACUCUAGAUCUUGUAGGAGUUACCGGCGCCGAAUGCUACAAAUCGCAGAAGGCCCCAUUUCGAUUUCUUUUACCGGACGGGGAGGAAGCCGUCAUAAAAGGAACUACGAUCCCGCAGAUAUCUAGGCCGACUCCGGUAAUCGACUGGAGAAAAUUGAAAAAUCGAUGGCCACAUUUAGCUGACGUCCCAGUGCAAGAGAGUGGCGGAAAAAUCGACGUCUUGGUGGGACUCGAUCACUCAAAUCUACUUGCAGUAUUGGAAUCGCGCGUUGGAGGCGAACACGAACCUUUCGCAUCUCGCACUAGACUCGGUUGGGUCGUCCGCGGCCUACUUGGGAGUGACAUCGGUCCGAUGACAACGGCCCACAUCCAUCACAUCUCAGCAGCAUCCGAGUCCUCGCUCGAUGAAGAGUUCCAGAAAUUUUGUACAACCAAAAAUUUCGGUACUGAAUUCAAAGGAAACGGCCUCUCAGAAUCAGACAUAAUCGCCGAAAAGAUCGUGGAUGAAGGCCUGAAGAAACUAGACAUUGGGACGCUGGCGGAGCAUCGUUGGCGAGACCUGAAGGAACGAUUCAAGAGAGAUCCAGAUUUUGAGGCGGAUUACAGAGCCGCGAUCAAGAAAUACGUCGACGAAGGCUACGCAUCGCGAGUAAAAGAGGAAGAUUUAUACUCGAACAACCAGUACUACUUGCCACAUCACGGUGUUUACAAGAAAGUGUAUGGUAAGAAGAAGAAGAAGCUUCGAGUCGUCUUCGAUGCCGCUGCCAAAUGGAAGAAGAAAUGCCUCAACGACGGAAUGCGACAGGGUCGGAAAUUGCAGAACGACUUAGCCAAGGUCCUCAUUCGAUUCCAGCUGGGGGAGAUUGCCUUUGCAGCAGACGUGACCGCCAUGUACAGCAGGAUUCGACUUCGACCCCAAGAUGCCCGCUUUCAUCGUUUUCUCUGGCAAGAGAAAGAUUCUGACGUCAUCAUUACGUACCAAAUGGAUCGCUUGCCAUUUGGAUCAAACUGCGCCCCAUUUCUCGCCCUAAAAACCGUCCACAGAGCCGCUUCAGAUGCCACUAAAGGGAGAGAAGAAUCUUAA